GGCGGGAGCGCGCGCGGGAGCGAGGGAGCAGUGGUCUCGGCGCCGGCCCGGCCCGCAGCUUCGGGUAUUCGGGCGGCUGCAGCGCCGGAACGGGUGGUUGGGGAGGGGGGUGGGGGGGGCGCCAGGCAGGUGGGGCGCGAAAGCGAUGAAUCUUCGGAUCUUCCUCCUCCUCCUCCGGGGCCCGCUCUCCGCCUCCCGCUCCAACGCCCGGAUGAUCUGAGCCGCGAGGGCGCCGAGAGCGGGGGGCCCGGACGCAGCCCGGUUCCUCCCCUCCUCCGCCCCCUCCCCGGCCUGACCUGGCCGGCGGCCGCCGCGGUGACCCCCUUCCAGCCCCCUCCCCGGCCGCCGUCGCCACCGCUGCCUUGGCCGACCAGGGACCUGCCAGCCCGCGGCUGCUCCUGACCUAGAAUAUCAAGACAUAAUGGGAGCAUUUUUAGACAAGCCAAAGAUGGAAAAACAUAAUGCCCAGGGGCAGGGUAAUGGGUUGCGAUAUGGGCUAAGCAGCAUGCAAGGUUGGCGAGUUGAAAUGGAGGAUGCACAUACGGCUGUGAUCGGUUUGCCAAGUGGACUUGAAACAUGGUCAUUCUUUGCUGUGUAUGACGGGCAUGCUGGUUCUCAGGUUGCCAAAUACUGCUGUGAGCAUUUGUUAGAUCACAUCACCAAUAACCAGGAUUUUAAAGGGUCUGCAGGAGCACCUUCUGUGGAAAAUGUAAAGAAUGGAAUCAGAACAGGUUUUCUGGAGAUUGAUGAACACAUGAGAGUUAUGUCAGAGAAGAAACAUGGUGCAGAUAGAAGUGGGUCAACAGCUGUGGGUGUCUUAAUUUCUCCUCAACAUACUUAUUUCAUUAACUGUGGAGACUCGAGAGGUUUACUUUGUAGAAACAGGAAAGUUCACUUCUUCACACAAGAUCACAAACCAAGUAAUCCGCUGGAAAAAGAACGAAUUCAGAAUGCAGGUGGUUCUGUAAUGAUUCAGCGUGUGAAUGGCUCUCUGGCUGUAUCGAGGGCCCUUGGGGACUUUGAUUACAAAUGUGUCCAUGGAAAAGGUCCUACAGAGCAGCUUGUCUCACCAGAGCCUGAAGUCCAUGAUAUUGAAAGAUCUGAAGAAGAUGAUCAGUUCAUUAUCCUUGCAUGUGAUGGUAUUUGGGAUGUUAUGGGAAAUGAAGAGCUCUGUGAUUUUGUAAGAUCCAGACUUGAAGUCACUGAUGACCUUGAGAAAGUUUGCAAUGAAGUAGUCGACACCUGUUUGUAUAAGGGAAGUCGAGACAACAUGAGUGUGAUAUUGAUCUGUUUUCCAAAUGCACCCAAAGUAUCACCAGAAGCAGUGAAGAAGGAGGCAGAAUUGGACAAGUACCUGGAAAGCAGAGUAGAAGAAAUCAUAAAGAAGCAGGGGGAAGGCGUCCCUGACUUAGUCCAUGUGAUGCGCACAUUAGCAAGUGAGAACAUCCCCAGCCUCCCACCAGGGGGUGAAUUGGCAAGCAAGCGGAAUGUAAUUGAAGCCGUUUACAACAGGCUGAAUCCUUACAAAAAUGAUGACACUGACUCUACAUCAACUGAUGACAUGUGGUAAAACUGCUCAUCUAGCCAUGGAGUUUACCUUCACCUCCAAAGGAGAGUACAGCUCAACUUCCUUGAACCUUUUAAACAUCCAUCCUCAACUUUAAAGAAGGCCAUCUGACGUGGGUGAGAGUGGGCCACACCGGAGAACUCAGCAGUACAACAGCUAGCCCAGGACUGAAUUUUUUUUUUUUUUUUUUUUUGUAAAUUUGAGACUUAAUGUAAACAUGAUUUCAAACCAUAAUUCAUGUUGUAAAUCAGACUCCAGCAAUUUUUGUUGUAUGAUUUUGUUUUUUGUAAAGUGUAAUUGUCCUUGUACAAAAUGCUCAUAUUUAAUUAUGAACUGCUUUAAAUCACUAUCAAAGUUACAAAAAAUGUUUGGCUUGUUGUGUGAUGCAACAGAUAUAUAGUCCUUUGAAGUCAUGUUGUGCUUGGACUUGGGGUCGGGACAGGGAGAGUAGCAGCCAUGCCAGCUAGACGCUCAAAUGUGCUCACAAUUAUGGAGAAUAAUUCCAAAAUCUUACAAAGCUGAACAUCCAGGGAGUUAACCGAAAACUAUCUUGGCAGUGGGGUUGGCACUGUUGAUAAAGCUGGUCCCUUCAUUUAACUGUCUUUUAGGUUGUUCUCGCCUUGUUGCCAGGAGUAUUGCAGGUAAUACAGUAUAUUCAUAAGAAUAUCAAUCUUGGGGCUAAAAUGCCUUGAUUCUUUGCACCUCUUUUACAAGUCCUUACGUUGAAUUACUAAUUGAUAAGCAGCAGCUUCCUGCAGAUAGGAGACUGCCACGUUUUUGCUAUCAUGAUUGGCUGGGCCUGCUGCCAUUCCUAGUAAGGUAUUCUGAUUCCAUUUUAUCAAUAAAGCUUGAUUUAACAAACAAGAAAUUUAAUCAUGUAUGUGUAAUUCCUCCUUUACCCCACCCUUAUAAAACACCAUGCCAUUGUAAAUGAGAAGUUUCUCAUGGGGAAAGAUGCUAGUCUCUUUUAAUUGGGAAAUACUGUUACUCAAGGCACAGAUGGAACUGUUUCCCUUCCAUUAGAAAGACUACAAGAUUUAAGUCUGUGUUGUUUCUUAAUGUGUUUUUUAAUGGAGUUCUUUCUGGCUGCUUAUUUUUCAUUAAGAUGUGGAUCAGCUUGAAUUUGCCUACUGUUUAAUUAAAAUAAUUGUCAGAGCUUGACAAUCUAACACUCUAUAGUAGGGGUGUGUGUGUGCGUGUGUGUGUGUGAGCGUGUGUUUGCCUGUGAUUCUUAAUUGGCCCAUGUCUUUAGAAUCCAAGUAGUUCAGAUGUAUUUGUGAUUUGAAAUAUAGCAUGUUGCUAAUAUUUAGCUGUUGGCCUUUAAAAAUAACUUUCAAAGCUUAAAGAAUUGUAGAUAUAAAAAUACCUAAUUUAAUUUAGGCUUAAAUUCCUCUGAUUAAGCAUGUGAAAGUAAGUUUUUAAAUCUGUCACGCAGAAAAGACUACUGUUUUGUGCCCUUCUGUAUUUUUGUCUGUCUAGGUUGGAUAUUGUAUUUAUUGCCGUGUAAUUUAAUCAUUCAGUAGGCAGAUUCCCCACUAGAAAACUAUGAACGUAUAAGAUUACAAUACAACAUUGAAUACAAAAUCGAAACUCUGUGUAUAAAAGGUAGUAUAAUCAGUUUUGUUAUAUUUGUUUUUUUUCCCUAACUUGGAAAUAUACAUAUUUGUAUAUAUAGCCUUAAAACUAAUGUAAAGUUAGGGGAGUAGUGGGCAAAGUAAUGUGAAAUGUCUCAGAUUUAAGUAGUUACAUACCAGCAAAACCUUUCCAUUAUCCCUCUUAUUUGUGAGGCGAUUCAAUGUAAUUUAAUUGUAUUUAAUUUAUAACUCAAUCCAGCAUGAAUGAAGAAAAAC